AUGCACGAUGACGACACUCAUGAUGGCACUGAAUAUUCUGGCAUUAGAGGUGCAAAGCAUAUGGUACAAACUCAUUCUAAUGGCGAAGCUCGUCAUCCUGUGAUAGUCUACAUACACGGAGAAUCGUUUGAGUGGAAUUCCGGCAAUCCUUAUGAUGGAAGCGUUUUAGCCUCCUAUGCCGAUCUAGUUGUAAUAACGUUAAACUAUAGAUUAGGAAUAUUAGGUUUUUUAAAUGCAAAUCCAGCACCACACCUCAAGGCUCGAGUAGCAAACUACGGCCUAAUGGACCAAAUAGCAGCAUUGCACUGGAUCCAACAGAACAUAGCCUUAUUCGGUGGAGAUCCUAACAAUGUAACGUUGGCAGGGCAUGGUUCAGGGGCGGCAUGUAUAAAUUUUCUUAUGAUUUCGCCUACUGUAAUGCCGGGUCUUUUUCAUCGAGCGCUGCUCUUAUCUGGUUCGGCUUUGUCGUCAUGGGCUUUGGUCGAAGAUCCAGUCAACUAUGCAGUGAAGUUAGCUAGAGAAGUAAACUGUUCAAUACCAGAAGAUGUUGGAAAAGACCACGAACAAAUUGUGGAUUGUCUUCGGGAAACGCCCUUGACUGAUCUGCUUCAAGCAGAUGUAACUCCUCCUGCAUAUCUUAGUGCUUUUGGACCUAGUGUUGAUGGAGUCGUCAUAAAAGCAGACUUUGCCAAAGAACUAGUUACCUACUUCAAACCUCAAGAUCUUCAAAGCUUCGUAGGCCCCGUAAACGCCAACAUGAAACGCAGCGAAGCUACUCUAGUACCAAAGGGUAGCAAUCCCUACGACCUCCUUUUCGGCGUCGUUACCAGCGAGGCCUUAUGGCGCUUUUCGUCCAACGAUAUCCAAGCAGGUUUUGAGGGUGAACGCAGAGACAAAAUUGUUCGGACAUACAGAAUGGGUACCGUCCAUGGUGAAGAACUACCCUACAUGUUUGGAGCUCCUUUAGUGGAUGGAUUCAAUCAUUUUCCAAGAAACUAUACCAGAUCGGAACUCGCCCUGUCGGAAUCUUUUAUAAUUUUUAUUGCAAAUUUUGCAAGAACUGGGUAA